CUGGCCGGUACGUCAAAAAAUAAAACAAACAAAUUAACAAAUGUACAGCCAAUCAUGCUCAGAUGAAAAAAAAAACAUGCAAGCUCCCAUUUUGCCCUUUUCUUCUUCCUCAUUCAAAUUCAAUUCUUUUCGGAAAUCGAAAAGUUAUCUGGAGUUCGGAGUCCAGCCCUGAUUUAGUGAAUUAGAGACCCCAUACCUCUAAAAGAGAAAAGAAAAGACAGCAAAAGGAAUUCUUUUUUCAAUCACUAAACCUGGGAGAAGAGGGAGCUUUCUUCAUUUGUUGUUUAUUACUUGUUGAAGCGGAAACUAAAUGGGAGAGGAGAACACCUCAAAUUCUUCUUUGAACGAUUCACCCAACAAUAGCAGCUGUGAGACACAAGUCAUAUUGAACGUGUAUGAUCUCACCCCUAUAAACCACUACACCGUUUGGUUUGGAUUUGGCGUCUUUCAUUCUGGGAUUGAAGUUCAUGGAAAGGAAUAUGGUUUUGGAGCACAUGACUUCCCAUUCAGCGGAGUGUUUGAAGUAGAGCCUAAGAGGUGUCCUGGUUUUAUGUACAGAUGUUCCAUCCCACUUGGCUCUGUUAAUAAUUUGCCUCUCUCUCAAUUCCGAAUUUUUAUAGAAAGUGUGGCUUCUGAGUAUCAUGGGGAUACUUACCAUCUCAUCUACAAGAACUGCAACAAUUUCACUGAUGAUAUAGCUAAAAGACUCUUAGGGAAAGGGAUUCCUGGAUGGGUCAAUCGGCUCGCAAGCCUUGGCUCUUUUUGCAAUUGUCUUCUUCCUGAAAGCUUUCAAGCAACAACAGUUAAACAGCUCCCAGAGUACCAUAUAUAUACAGAUGAAGAUGGGAGUGGCUCUCAAUCUACUCUUACGCCCCAUGAGCGAACAGAUUGUGAUGACGGAGAUCAAGAUAAGCACUUGUUGUCACCCUCGAGCGAGGGUCGUGGGGUAGCUUUCCUGAAGGAGGUUCCAAGGUAACAUGUUUGGGCAAAUUCGAAAUUUGUUGAGAAUCAAUACUUUCUACAGUUUGUGUACUGGCCAAAGGUGUAUUGAGCAAAUCAUUGGUAGCAGAGUUGUCAAUCCUUUUCAUAGGGGUGGGGGGUUGUGUGUGUACCAUUAUUAUUAUUUGUUGAAUAUGCUCACUUUCUGUAAGGGAAUGUGAAAUUGAGUUCAGCAUAAUCAAAAGUUGCCUAUUCUGUUGAUAAGCAGAAAGACUUGUUUGGGAUUUGCCAUUGCUGUUGGGGAAAAAGAAAGCCUCAUUGUAAAAGCAUUAUUGAAAAGUACUGUAAAGAAUUGGGGUUAGAGAAUGAUUUUGAGGAUUGUAAAAUAGAGGUUGAGAAGUCCCUAGUACAAUAAAAUAUUCCUGAAAAGGAAAGUCCCUAGUUCAAUACGAGCUGUUUGUAUGUGUUUUGCCGAAACUGCCAUGCGUUCCAUUGUCAUCAUCAUCAAUUCAUCAUGUAUUCA